AACAAAAAUACUCCUCCACGUGUGUGCUGUUGCGUGCCACCGACCACAGUUGGCCUAGGGAGAGAGAAUGAAGGAAUGAUGUACAAAUGAAUGAACGAGUGGUUAGGUGGUGAUAUUGGUAGAGAAGUUUGUGCAAGCUUGAGCAAGUUCAUCGGAGGGGCGUAGGUUGAAAGGUCUAAGAUUACAUCUCACCUGUCAGGCUAAACUGUUGUUUUUCUUUCGCUCUCUCUCUCUCUCUCUCUCUCUCUGUGUGUGUGUGUAUUUUGAGUUGGGGGUUUGAUGUUGUCACGUGGUGAUCUACAGCUAGGGUAAACAUCAUAUUCUCAUGUGCCUUUGUUCUGUUAGUGGUAGUUGCCCAGUGGCGCGUUUCCUUUUCCACAGGUAAAUCUACAGAGCACCUUGGUUCAGUGCAGUGCUGCUAAUUACUUGGGUGUGAACGCUGUAAAUCCCCCAUUGAGAGAGGUGUGCUACCUGCCCUCACCAGAGGCUAAACUGGCUGUUUGAAUUGAGCAUGCAUGAGAAGGUUCAAGCUGCAAGCAUGUGUGUUCAGAUUUAUGAAAUGUCAAAGUUUGUGUGAAAGUGGGUGGGAUGGGUGAGUUUUGAAUGGAGGUAAAAUGGCUCGUUUGUGCAAUUUGCAAUUUUUUUUUUUAAACAACGUGGUCAAAUUAAUACACGCUUUCACCGAGCUUGAAAGAGUGAAAGGAUCGUUUCUCAGCGCCACAAUGGGUUGGUGUCUCACACCAUCCUUUAACAAAAACAAUCUGCUCAGAUUUCAAAAGCGAGUUCACAUCAUUGUGUCUUCCCUUGACCCCUCUGUCUUAACCUUUGACCCAACCAAUAACAAGUUUAGGCAAAGGGUUGUGUUUUUGAGCUCUGAGUCGGAAUGGAUGCCCCGGGCGGUGACGUCGCAAGUCUCUCAAACCACGUCAGGAUCAGACCAGACUAGUCAAUGUCCAGCCUACAUCAUGCACACAACCCCCAUCAAUUCACAUCCUUCAGUCUGGAGCUUGUUAUCUUUUUUUUUUUGUGUGUUUUUCUUUCUCCCCAUUUUUUUUUUUUUAAAAGAACCAAACAAAAACACCAGGCUUUGAAAGCAUGGCAGAUAUGCAACUGACCAUGAACUCCAGUUCCUCCUCAUCAGCCGCCCAUCGAUUCUCACUGAUGAGCUUCAUGAGGAGAUCUUCUGAAUGAACCCAGCUUGAUUCCUGUCAAAUCUAGUCCCUGUUCAAACAAACCCAACCCAUGGAAGAACACACUCCGCAGCCAAACGCCACAGUGUGCAGCUCUCCACAUGUGUGUGCUGCAGGAGUCUGUGUGUGUGUAUAUAUAUAGAUGUGUUGGAGCGUCCCAAGAUGCUCUCCUGUGCUACUGAACAACAGGAGCUCGUUGAGAGGCUUAGCCUGCAGUGUUUAAUUUGAUUGGGAUGAGUCAUCUAUUUAUGUGAAGAACACCUAUAAUGAGCUGCCCUGGCCUGUAGAGAUGUCCUCAUACAUAUGUUUAUGUGUACACACACACAAACACACACACACACACACACAAACACACACUCUGACGCACAUGGAAGGGCUACCCUAGUUGAUACCUCUUCACGUUCAGUACUGCUUGCCUGAAUCACAACCAUUAUAUCUGGAGAGACAUCACACAUAUGUAUGAACACACACGUGCAGUAGCCACCCAAGCAGGUGCCUCUCCACGUUCCCUACCUCUUCCAUGGCUGAUCACCACCAUUAUAUCUCUAGAAAAUAACACCUGUGUACAAGAGCUUCUCUCCAACAGUUACUCCAGCACUCUUGGAGCAGGGCUCUAAACUUUUCUACACCUUGUCUCAGCACAAUUUCCUGUUGGGUCAAAUCUGUCUUUCUGGAGGGGCUGCGUCCCUUUUUGUCGCACUCAGCAAACCUGCCUCUUCCCCCUCAAACCUGCCUGCGUAUUAUGCCGUGGUCUGCAACACAGAGAGCGCUGAUUGAAAUGCCAACCCAUUUAUCAGCCACUCAGCGCUGGCCCCUCUUUUGGGCGUUUACUAAGCCCAACAAGAUUAGCUGUGUGUCCAAACAAAUGAUGUCGUCUUUCUGACCCUCUUAAGCCAAAAACGAACAGCGUUUGAUCAGUGCUUCCCCUUAGAGUUAAGUCUUCACUCAUAACGAUCUAGAUGACAUAAUCUACUUAAACCACAGUGAUGACAGAUUUUUUCCAAACCUCUUUGUGCAAUACCAGUCUGUCAAUCUGGUGAAUUGCCUUCACUGACCAUUGUAAUACCACAGUAAUAUCUUCCUAGAAGAUGCUUCAGUGGGUCUCUAUCAUGAGUUGACAGGAAGCAGUCUGUCCUCACCGUCAGGACUUGAGGAAUCCUUUCCUGUGCUGGUAGAGUUAAUGGGCCCCUUUGUUGAGAUGUACACAGAGACCUGCCCACACCAGAGGAGGAAAUAACUCUCCCCUAAUCUCCUCAGUAUUUGCCAUCCACUAGAGGAGAUAUGAUUCAGGUCUUGCAUUUUGUAUGACCAGUCCCACUUCCAGUGGUCACUGGGCCAGCUCAAUCUGUCAUCUGGGUGCCAGAAGGCCUUUUCUUUUACUACAUGCAUGAGUGUUGUAAUCCUCACACCACACUGUAAUCAGCAGGAACAAACAAUGUAUGCACACAGAUAUAUAAACUAGAUUUGACCUUUACAUAUAUCCUGCCAUCAUUCCUGUGUGUGCAGCUUUCAACACACGCUGUUUUUUUGGUUGUACUUUAUAUGAAGCACAAGAUGUAUUUAUUGGGCAGGGAACCAUUUUUUUUCUAGUUUUAAUUACCACUCUAGAUUACCAGUAGCUUCUUAUUAGUCAAAAUCCGCUUACACAAUGUACUUUAAUAGGACUGAUAUUAAAACUUUAUCCUACGGGGGUCGUAAGGAUUGGUUGACCCACGUAAGGCAACCAAUGAGCAUCGGUGAUGUGCCUAAUCCUUCAUGAUCGCUUGUGGAAGGUGAGCGGUCCAAUGGGAUUCGCUAAAUUACCUUAACUGCGUAAACAGCGCUGCUGUGCCCUAAUUGUGUUCCGCUGACCGAACCAGAGUGGCGUGAUUUGUGAGGAGGUAAUUAUUCUGUAAAUGAAUGAGUGAAGUUGAGGAGAUAGGCAGAAGUAAGGAUGUCCCCAGUGAAUCGAGCGAGUGAAUUUUAUUUCUCAAGACAAAUAAUAAACUGCAAGCCCUCAGUUUGUCGUUGAGAACAAAGGAAACGUGAUUUACCCCUGUCAAUAACGUGCAUAGGGUCAUGUAUCAGUAACACAACUAUAGAACAGUGUGUCCCUUUCUGACUCGAAGCGUAAAUAAUGCUCCGUCACCGAUGUAUAGCAUGUCGUUUCACACAGACUCACAGAUGUUGAACACAUCUUUACCAUUUUAUCGGUUCUGUGCUAAUGUAUUCUCGCCAAAAGUUUAUGGGUGUUUUUUUAUGGGAUGACCGUUCGAGUUUGGCAAGUGAGCUGUUCCUCAGAAAUGUAAGUAGGUGAACAUAGGCUACAUCACUGUCAGUGACGGCAUUGAACUUAUAAGAACAACCGCCAGAGGGCGUUUUGUUUUCAGGACGCUUACAUAAACCACAGUGCCUGCCUUACACCUGCACGAAUAAAAUCACUUUUAUCCCCAGGAAACACCGUAUUCUCGCUAGAUUAUAAUGCAGUAUACUCGAAUAUCAGCCUUUAAUCAAUAUAUAUUUCCAAAGGUAUUAUUUUUUUAUUUUAAUUGUAAUCAUCCAGUAUUCUUGCAGUGUAUUUGCCGGUCGGUCAUGAAUGUCGUAGUUUCCUAUUAUUAGUUUAAGCGUGAGAAAAAUACGGGUGUUGAAAUGUCUUCAUUUGCAAACAGUGGAAGUCACGCAUUCCGUCCAGUUCUCCCCAGUUUCGUGAUGGGCAGUUUGAAUGUAGGCUAUUAAACUGAAUGCCUUGGGCAGCUGCCUGGUGGGGGCGUCACCCAUAUAGAUUAGUCAAGUAGUCUAACUUCACAGCCAAUGGCGCUUCCCUGUCUGCUGUUAUGUUUGAAUAAAUUAUGCAAAUGUUCGGGAGUCCGCAGACUUGCAGUGAAGCAGAGCAUAGAGUCCCGGACUCUUGUCAUUGCCGCUCUGAUGUGCCGAGCCUCUCUGCUCUCCAUUGUAAUUUCGCCCCAGCGGCUGAUGCACUACCCCUUUUUUUAAAGAAUGUGAAUAAUGAUUUUGUAUUCUUGAUCUAUUUUUACACGCGGGUGUUUUUUCUACUCAUGGGUGGAAUACAAUGAAUGCUCCAUGUUACACGGUGGCGAUGGACCUUAGUGUUUGCCAGUUGCGGAAUUUUUCUAUAUCGCUUUUGUCGUCUGUUCUGGGCACUGAAAAUUCCUCACCCGUCAGACUUGACAAUAGUUCUUCGGGUGCCAGUGUGGUGGCCAUAGACAAUAAAAUCGAGCAAGCCAUGGACCUGGUAAAGAGUCACCUGAUGUACGCAGUGCGGGAGGAAGUCGAGGUGCUCAAGGAGCAGAUCAAGGAGCUCAUCGACAGGAACUCCCAGUUGGAGCAGGAGAACAACUUGCUGAAGAACCUGGCCAGCCCUGAGCAGCUGGCCCAGUUCCAGGCGCAGGUGCAGACAGGCUCCCCCACCUCGGCCACCCAACCUGGGGUCCUGGGAGGGCCUCAGGCCCCCGCACAGAACCUCCCACCCCCCAACCAGGGCACAGGCCCUAGCGCCUAACUCUGGCCCCAUGAGAGAGAAGAGAUGAGGAGGAGGAGGAGGGGGAGGAGGAAGACCAAGACCAAGACCAGGAGGGGAGUAGGAGGGUGAAGUUGCUUGGAUGGAAUGGCGGACAUCCAUUGGAAGAGAUACACACAAAAAUCCUACACUAUACUGUGAACUGACUCAACUUUUUAAACAUACGAGAUGUGCCACAAUCACAGAGGACAGAGGAGGAGGGCUAGCUGGUCGUGGAAAUCGGACGCAAACUGGCUGUUCUUUUUUUUUUUUUAUUGAUUAUUGGUCAAUGUACAUUUUUUGUUGACUUUUUUUUUUCCCAUUAUGUCUUUUUUUUGUUUGUUUCUUUGCACAUAUUUAAUCGUCAGAGCUGUCGACUUGGCUGCGUCGGUGCUCUACAUUCAGGAGCUUUAUUUGCCUCUGACAAUCAGUGACGGCGACGUGACUGCAUGCCGACUGAGCCAGUAGCCACAGAUGCUGGGUGGGGGCUCGGGAGAGUCCGAGACGAACAAUCCCCCACUGAAUCUGGGCUGGGUGCAGGAGAAAAAAAAAAUCACAGCUCGCAUGUGAAAGGGGCUUUUUUUUGUGUUCCUGAAAACAAAGAGAAAAGACGAGAGAAAAAAAUGACGUUGACGCUCUCAACAGUGACUCUGGAAAUUGUGCUGUUGUUGCCACAUUUGCCCUUCCAUUUUUUAUAGUGUUAUGUUUUCCUUUUGUUUAGUUUUUGUUAAUGUUAAUUUUUCCUAGCUGUGUUUAAUAAAAGGACAAGCACUUUCUUGUAGGAGACUAACCCAGAAAAUGAGAGAAGACGUGCAAAUCAAGGACCAUUUAGUUUAAGACGCCCAUCUGGAAUGGGGGGUGGUUCAGUUGGGUGCAGAACCAUAGUUACUUUUUUUUUUUAAACAAACAAAAACAAACAAAAACUCCACUCACCUUAGACAUCAAUUUCCCCAAUGGGGGGUGGCGUUAACCUUGCAUAGUUAUGCUUCAGUGUUGCAACUUUGAUAUUGUCAUUCCUUCCCUGUGAAGUCAAGACACUCAUACUCUUAAACAGGGAUCUAAGAGGGGAUUGAAAUGUGGGGGCGCCCGCACACUUUGAGGUGAAAUGUAUGGGUGGGGAGGGUGUUUCACUAACAGUGCUAGUGAGAUUUGUAUGUAUUUUUGGUGUGUAAUAAUUGUAUGUGGUCUGCAAGAGCGUGAAUAGCAGGAGAAGAAAAAGACUUCCACACUCUAUGGAUUGGACAGAUACCUGUACAGUUGAUCAUGGGGAAUAACGGAGCACAACAUGACUGCGACGACGCAGCACACAAAACGGACUUUCACUGACGACAACAGGAAUUACUUUUGCACUGGUCCUCAACACAGUUGUUCACAUAAGUUAUUAUGUGUGGGAAUCCAUGCAAGAAAGAAUAUGUACUGCCUUACUGCUUCAAGCACUCUGGAUGUACUGCAAACCAAUUUAUCUCGAUACUCAACGCUACACAGAUCUCCGAAGUGAUUACGCAUCUUGUCAGACCUCAAUAUUUCGUGCAUGUUAUGCCCCCCCCCCCCCAACCACACCAGAAAUGUGACGUAAUACAAUUGCACUAAACAGUUGCACCUCGACUUUAAUAAAAUGAAAAUAAACUCAAAAA